AUGAAAAAAGACCCCGAGAGUGUAAAAGAGGACCUAAAACCUAUGAAAGACGAAACACGGGCAGUUCAAAGAAAAUUAGAAGACGACAUGGACAUGUCUCACCAGUUGGAUGAUGGCAGUGAUGACUUUUUGGUAGAGAGAGCCAAUCGUUUAGAGCUGUCUGAGAAUCCUUUGUUCAAAGUCAAUCACACGUUUCUACCAUACAAACGGCAGGGUUUGAAGGGUGCAGUCAAGAAAGAACAAUUUUCCGUCACGUUUGAUCAGUUACGUAAACCCACAGAAGAGGAAUCAUUGGGAGAGGGUUUGUCAGAGUCCCUGUUUGAAGCGGUAAGGGACACGAUCCUAAAAGAAAACCUGCAGGAUUCAACAAAAGUUCAUCUGACUUUAACCUCAAAGGAACAUUCCAACGGCACUGUAAAUUCGGGAUAUUUAUCCCACGUAAAAUAUGGCAUCCCAGUCCAAGAGUUUGUGAAACGUGGUGAUUGUGUACAUGCUAUGUUCGAGUCACUGGCAAGAGAAAUGAAUAGUGCUCAAAAUAUGAAUCCAGCCAUUGGGUUCAAUGCCACUCUCACAUUUAUCACCUACCCUGACAAAGGUGGCAAAGGUAGAGCUUCUAAAAAUCCAAACAGAUUACCCUUUGAUUUGAUGCACAAAAAGAAAGACUGUAUGAUCAAGAUAAAAAACACAGAUGACAUGUUGUGCCCGUGCAAUCGUAACGAUGAAAGAGUACGUGGAUGGCGAUCCUGA